AUGUUUACUCCCGGCGGGUCCGGUGGUUCGUCCGUGCCAUUGAGAAGAGGUCAUGGAGCCCAUGCACUACCUAAGCAACCAGAAAGGAGCUUAGCUUCUGCUUUGCCUGGUGCAUUGUCCAUUACUGCAUUGUGUACUGCACUGGCAGAACCAGCCUGGCUCCAUAUUCAUGGGGGUACAUGUACACGCCAAGAGCUGGGAGUGGCAGAUGUUCUAGGUAGUGAGGAUCCUGAGCUGCUUACUGGUAAGUAAUUUGAUUCACUCAGAUAAUAAAAUGGACCUCUCAGGUGUACUAGUAAUGUAACCGCGGCUGGUUCCCCUAUUUACCACUAUAACAUCUUAAAGCAUAGAACUUAGUAGGGCUAACCAUACAGAUAUCUUAGCCAUAAUUUUAUAUAGUUAGUGUAAGAGAUCCUCUAUUUAACAUAUAUAAAUAAUUGAGAAUACUAUAUAAAAUAAGGAUUGUCUUGGAAGCAAUAAUGUUUUGUCUUUUUAGAUAUUAUAUAAAAAUAUAAAUAUAGACAUAUAAAAUCCAUUAUAGCAGAGUUUCUAAGAUUAAACUAAAUGCUUACAAAUAUCAUUAAUAGGUUACCAUACCCUUCUGAACAUGUUGUCAUCAUGUCAGCCUCUCUGUCAUUUUAAGAUGGAGCAGCGUCUGACUCCAAGUCUCUCCUCUGUUCCUUAACAUUUAAAAGUACACCUAUUUAUACCUUAAGUGUCUCCAUUUUAGGGUUACCCUAGUUCAUAUAUGAAAAAGUAACACUUCUUUUACUUUAUUCAUUUUAGGACCUCCCUUAACUUGGCAAACAUAUAAGGCCACAACUAAGGGUGUACACGUCAUGGAAAUUUUCCUGACUUAGUUCAAGAUGGCAUCUUAAAGUCUGGACAUCCUUAUCUACUAAGGUUACCACAGUAUAUUACGUACUGAAAGAGUUGUAGCAUACCCUUGAAGCUUAUUUAUGCAUUAUUGUUAUUGUAAUUCGUCUGGGACAAAAUGGCGUAAACAUAAUAUGCACUGAGGUUAUUGCUUAAAGAAACAUGUAUGAAAAACAAUAUGUUAAAUUUCUAACACCUUGUCAGUUUGCAAUAUCUCUUAAAGACAAAGUACACAGUUUAAGAAAUACAACAUUUCAUUCUAAAACUUGUAAUAUUUGCAUUUGCCCAUAAGAGUAAACUUGUAAUAUCUGCAUUUGCUGACCUGCUCUCUUAGUCUGCAGAGGAACAGGUUAUUUCAGCGUGCCACAGCAUCGGAGACAACAUCUAACUUCUCCCUACUUUCCCACUUGGCAUCCAGUCCACUACCCCACUAAUGCAAUGGACUGUUUGCUAUAUUUCUUGAUACCUCUCACCACUGAUUGGUGGGUAGGAUGGGAUAUAGGCAGAAUGUUUCUAUAUAUCGCUCUACUAUAUAUAUAUAUAUAUAUAUAUAUAUAUAAUCUCUAAAAAAAAAUAAUAAUAAUCUUUCUCUAAAAAAUAGGGUGUACUCACAGGUCUUCGAGAAUAUCAUCUUCAGAAAGACCUGCACAGGUUGAAGCGUUAAUUUAUAUAUUCUUAUAUGAAUCAUCACUAAUAAAACCACAUUCAUGGAGACCUGUGAGUGAGUUUGGUUUUUUUUGUAUGUGAAAGAGUGGAUAUAUAUAUGCACACACAAAUGCAGAAACUCCACUCAACUAGAAACUAGCUUCAAGAUCCAGAAAUAUUUUUAAACCACCUGUGGUGGAUAAGCUACAAUAUAUGGAACAUAUAUCCAAACAUUACAUAAGUCUGUCACUAAUUACAGAGUACCCCAUUUUGGCAGCCUACCAACUUAAGGGCACAGUGUAUAGAGUCCCCUGGUGCCGCCCUUCCAUUCACUGUUAAACCGUUUUUUUAUGUUUUAAAGGGACACUGUAGUCACCAGAACAACUACAGCUUAUUGCAUUUGUUCUAGUGAGUAGAAUCAUUACCUUCAGGCUUUUUGCUGUAAACACUUUUUUUUUUCAGAGAAAAUGCAGUGUUUACAUUACAGGCUAGUGAUAACUUCAUUGGCCACUCCUUAGAUGGCCGUUACAGAUCCUUCCUGGGUCAUGGCUGCCUAAAAUACAUCCAAACAUUCAGUGGACAGGUCUAAAGGAAACAGGGACAAAACCUGCAGCUUCAGGAUUGAAUACAAGUGACAUUUUACUAUAUUUAGGGAGGCAUGAGAGGGACAGGGGGGCUAGAUGGUGGUUUUAACCCUAUAGGGUAAAGAAUACAUGUUUGUGUUCCUGACCCUAUAGUGCUCCUUUAAUACUACAUGAGAAUCUUCAGCAGACCGUACCAUCUGUGCUACUUCUGCUAAAAAGAAACCAUUAGCCUGAGUCGCAAAUGGGUGACCAUGAUUAGCUAAGAAUGUCAGCUUAUUGCUUCCAGCCUAUCACAGCCAUCAUUGCUGGCAUGCAUUGGGAUGGCUAGAGGGAAGUGUGUACUCACUGUCCUAGCUAUACCUCUAGUAGGGAUGUUCGGCUGUUGGUGGGCAGGUACCCUAAUUUAAUGUUAAACUGGUGGAAUAUUGGGUAGUGCCGUUGAAGGCAGCCUUUGGCAAUCCAGAUGUUGUAAACCACAUUGUAAUGUUAUUACAGCUAUAAUGCUAGCAUAGCAUCAGGAGAAAUGUAGUCCACAUAUGGAGUGCUGAAUGCUGCCUAAGCUGGCCUAGAGUCUCAAUUUAAUGACUGCUUAUAUGUGAUUAUCCCACAGAUAGAAAAACAGAAAGUGUGUGUGUAUAUACGUACACAGAAAUGAAAAGGUGAAUCUGCUAACUUGUUCCCUGCAUUGUCUUCCUGCAGAUUAUUGCAUGAACCGACAGACUAUACUCCUCCUCCGUGUUAUUGCUGGAUUCUGCUUCCUGGGUAUUGCUUGCAGCAUGACUGCCUUCCUUCUGGAUGUUUUCGGACCCAAACACCCAGCUCUUAAAAUCACUCGGCGUUAUGCCUUUGCCCACAUCCUCACAGGUAUGGAAAAGAUGCUAGGUGUUAGAUUGGUCCAUUGUAUAGAACCGUGCUUUAGUGUACGCUCUGGAAAGAAGAGAGUGGAGUUCUGAUGUUAUUCCAUAAACUCCUGUCCAAGAUGGAAUUGUGGGAUAACUAGUUUAUUCUCCAGCAGCAGUUACACUCAUCACAGAAGAUGAAGGGAGCUAAUCUAUAAACAGAUAGCAGCCACAAUGAUCAGCAGAGAUGAUAAAGAGCAUACAUACAGCCAUGACUAUCUCUCCAUGGAGGAGAGAGACAUAUCAGUCAAAGUUGUGCAUGUGCAGUAAACAUGUUGCAAGUACAGCAUGGCCAAAUUUGACACAAACUAGAAGAAUUCCACCAGCCUGAUUGACCUAUCUGCAGCACUGUAUUAUAACUGACAAAUGUUUACUAAAUUACCACCCUGGGAGCUGAGAGCGAGUAAAUUGUACUCUCUAAACCAGGGUUAGCCAACCUUUGGCACUCUUGUUAUGGACUACAUCUCCCAUAAUCCUCUUAACCCCUUAAGGACCAAACUUCUGGAAUAAAGGGGAAUUAUGACAUGUCACGCAUGUCAUGUGUCCUUAAGGGGUUAAAGCCAUAAUGUUGAAAAAGCAUCAAGGGAAACCAUCAUCUGAAGUGCUGAAGUAUUUUGUCCCCUGUUCUAAACCAUAAACUUUGCAACAAAGCAAUAAUUAAUAAUAAAGUUGUCAUGGUACUUAGAGUUGCCUUUCAUGAUCAGUAAUUGAAAUAAUUUCCUGAUUUGCACCAGACUACAUGCUUAUUAAAUUCAGAUCAGAAUUAGGUCACAGCCAUUUUAUUUCCUCUUCUCAUAUAUAUAUAUGAAUACCGACCCACUGAACAAACUGGUUGUAAGAGGAGAACGUCCACUUACAUCAGUAGGAGCAGACUUAAAUGGGCUCCAAACGACAUUCUUAUUGUUUCAGCAUUGAGCCCAUGUAAGUACCUCUCAGUGUUCAUCUUAUUUUCACUGAAAUAUAACAUUGCUAAACUAUUUUCACAUUCUACUUUUACCUUUCCUGGCAUGUGCAUACAUAUAAGAAGUGUAGAUUGCAGUCACAUACAAAUCCAUCCGUCUUGAUAAGUAUAUAUUACCUAGGCUUUAGAAAAGCAUAUAAAGUAAUCAUCACAUGCAAAACUGAGUCUUUUUGUUUUGUUUAUUAAAUUGGUACAUUUGUAUAACAAUGAAUAGUAGAUGAUUCGAUAUCGUACAGUAAGGAGAAAGGAACCAUAUCGGAAAAAUACAUUGGGACUCCUUGUAAAAUUGAGUCUUUUGUGUCUCUAGUAUGAACAAAUUAGAGCAAUGCUACCACAAUAUGAUAUUUCAUAUAACAGCAGUAGCUGAACUAGGAAAAUAUGAAACGCUUAUGAUCCUACUUGGCUCAUCGAUUAUACAUGGGUAAGUAUAAGAAGGAGCAUUAUCCAAUAAAAAGACAAACAAGCUAACUUGGAACGUACAACUGUGCCUUCCCCAGAAACCAAAGUACAUCCAUUUUUAAUACUAUUAAGUGACAAGCCAUGGCCAAUGCAAAAGCUGGAAGUAGCAGUUUCAUUUAGUAAUAAUUAAUAGUAAAAACCACAAACCACUUGCACAAGUUAAAGGGACAUGCCAGGCUGGAAUUGACCCUCAUUUUGUAAGUCCAUUAUACAGAAAAUGAAUAAAAAAGAUGCAAACCUGAAUAAAUAUGUGUGUAUAUAAUACUGCUCUCCUUUAUACUUACUGUAUACCUGUUAAAUGCCUGACGCUUGUCAGCAAAAAUCCAAAAGCCAGUAUACAGAUAGCACUCCCAGGAAUUUUUCCAAAAUUAGUAAAUUUUUACUUUUUAAUUCUUUAUUUUUACGUGCAUGAGAUUUAUACAUAGUUCAGCAUAUGCAUCAUUUGAGAGGAUAACAGGUGACAACGUUGGUUAAAUAAUGGAUUUGACAAGUUUCAGCACAGUUUUUGUAAAUUAUAACAUGCAUAAAAUCCUAGGUAGAGGGUGAGGUCGUGUGUGAGUGUAGUCGAGCUACUCGUCUGCGGAUUCGAUACCUAGGUCAUGGGUCGGUGUUGGAGGAGUACAUUUUUAGUUUUAUUAGCUACACAAAAAUUAAAUUAAACAACAUUUCGGUUUACAAAAACAACUUUUAUCAAGACAGACCACCACAGAAAAGGUCAGUUCAAUUAAAAUCCGUUUUAGCUUGGAGUAACCCUUUUAACCCCUUAAGGACACGUGACAUGUCAUGAUUCACUUUUAUUCCAGAAGUUUGGUCCUUAAGGGGUUAAAGAACUGUGAACAUUUUGUCAUGCAUAUUUUAGUUUUACAAUGUGUUUAUGUACAUUGUGAUUGGAACUGAAUAGUGUAUCAAAGUGCAAAGGAGAAAAGUAAUUUCUGCUUCAGUAGUUUUUGUUUUAUAAUGAACCUAGAAAUAUGCACUAUACUAAAUUUUUGUUUUCUGUUUAAUCCCCAGUUCUGCAGUGUGCGACAGUAAUUGGAUUUUGUUACUGGGCCUCAGAACUCAUUCUAGCUCUACAGCAACAGCACAAAAAGUACCAUGGUUCCCAGAUCUAUGUCACCUUUGCUGUCAGCUUCUACCUGGUUGCUGGAGCUGGUGGUGCAUCCAUUUUAGCCACAGCAGCCAAUCUGCUGCGUCAUUAUCCUACAGAAGAGGAAGAGCAGGCUCUGGAGUUGCUGUCUGAAAUGGAAGUUGACUCCUACCCUAGUGAGUACGAUGUCAUGAACCCCUUCCAGCCACCUCCUGCUUACACUCCAUAA